AUGGGUUCAGGAUUCAGCAACCAGUGUAAAGUACGUCAGUGUUUCCAGUGUCAGGGUGACACAGAAUUCUACUGUAACACGUGUAAACAUGACCUGUGUCUUAAGUGUAAGGAGAGACAUGUAUUUGAUCUCGAUACCAUGCACCUCUAUGUCAUGAUUUACCGUGAGAAAUAUGACUACGUUACAAAACAAGAGACUUGUAAGAAAUAUCCAGGCAUGUUUUAUCAAGAGUACUGUGAUUCCUGUAAAAUUUCUAUCUGUUUCCAAUGUACAGAACACAGACAUCACCAGAUACUAAAUAGUAGAACAACAUACAAAACAAACCGUCAAAAACACAGAGCUAUUAUUCACAACAUUAGAAGUGAGACUCUCUAUAAUAACAGUUGUGUUCUGGCAGGAAUCAAAGCUGAUAUGAAAACUUGUCACAAAGAAAUCUCUAUCAUUCAGUCAAAGAUGUUAACAAAAGCCCAGAAACUAAGGAACCUCAUAGACACUGUCAUAUGUGAUGUAAAACUCAGACACAAAACAUUCAUUCUAAGUUUACAACAACAGAGGAGAAAAAUAAACAGAAAUAUUGCAAGCAUAGAAACCUUCGAACACAGAUCUGAUCAGUCAGCGAAGAGACCGCUAAAAUUCCUAAUGUACCUAAAGAAAACAACUCGUGUACACAAGUUCAAGGACACUCCCAAUCUCACGCAAUACGCCCUGGUCUACGUUUCUGAAGAUAUCAAAAAUGAGGAUGUAACUGACUUACUGGGUGAAAUCCAAAUAAUCCAGAGAGGAAAAAGACAAGUAAGAAUGGAAGGUCUGCUUAAACAGAUGUCUACCCCUGUAUUACACAGGUCUAAUACAGUGCCAGGUGAAAUAUUAUAUCACAUUUCCUGUGUGACACCAGACAGGGCCUGGAUCAGUGAUGGUAAAAAUCUUAUCUUGAUAAACACGGAGGGUGACAUAUGUAUCUACUCCUCCCACAUCAACGGUGACUUGCUGGUCGGGAUGCAGUCCUUUUUUAAACCCAUAAUAGCACGAUAUAAUGACACUGGACAACACAUAAAGACAAUACAGUAUGACAACACAGGCCAGAAACUGUAUUCUCGUCCUAUCUACAUCACAGAAAACCGCAAUGGAGAUGUUAUUGUGUCUGAUUAUUGGUUUGGUGUUGAUGCUGUAGCAGUGACAGACAGUAGAGGUAGACAUCGUUUCUCCUACACAGGGCACCCAUCAGAAUCACAAUUAGAACCACGUGGAAUCUGUACAGACGCCCUGUCAAACAUUUUGGUGUGUGAUGUUAACACUAACACAAUACAGAUAAUUGACAAGAACGGUCACUUCCUGUCACUGAUACUGACACGUCAACAAGGAUUAAUCGAACCAACGGGUCUGAGUUAUGACGACAAAACUCAUCUUCUCUGGGUUGGAUCAUACUGGGAGAAGAAAGUGUGUGUAUACAGAUACAUAGAGAAGCAUGACUAUCUAUAA